AUUCGUGCUCUCUCUCUCUACCUUAAUAACUUUCUCAUCACGUUGGAUCGAAAUCGGGUAAAAGUAAACGACAAUGGCGGAAGAAUUGGAGAAAUCUAUGCCGAAAGAAGAAUCUCUGAUGGAUAAGAUCGCUGAGAAGAUCCACGAUCACGAUUCUUCGUCGUCGUCUGAUUCCGAGCACGAGAAACCAGAGUCUCCAUCAGCUUUGAAGGCCAAGAUAUAUCGUUUGUUUGGUAGAGAAAAGCCUGUUCAUAAGGUUCUCGGUGGUGGAUUACCCGCUGAUGUGUUCUUGUGGAGAGACAAAAAACUCUCAGCUUCUGUUCUCGGUGUAGCGACUGCCAUAUGGGUUUUGUUUGAAUUGGUUGAGUAUCAUUUUUUGAGUCUUGUGUGUCACAUUUUGAUAUUUGCUCUCGCAGCCAUGUUUUUAUUGUCCAAUGCUCAUGCAUUUAUGAACAAGACUCCACCUAAAAUUCCUGAAAUCCAUAUUAAAGAGGAACAUUUCAUUAUGAUUGUUUCUGCACUUAGAAACGAGCUGAACCAAGCCUUUGUUAUCCUAAGGAGCAUUGCGUUAGGAAGGGACUUGAAAAAAUUUCUGAUGGUGGUUGUUGGGCUGUGGAUAAUCUCUGUCGUGGGCAACUGGUUCAACUUUUUGACUCUUGUAUACAUCUGUUUUGUACUGUUGCAUACAGUACCAAUGUUGUAUGAGAAACACGAGGACAAGGUAGAUCCAGUCGCAGAGAAGACGUUGAAGGAGCUGAAGAAACAUUACAUGGUGUUCGAUGAGAAGGUUCUUUCUAAGCUUCCUAUUGCUUCCCUUAAGGCAAAGUUGGGUUAGAGACUUUAGAGUGAAGCAACCUCCCUCUCUCUCUCUCUCUUUCUCUCUUUAUUCUCUUUCCCCUUGACGUUUUGCUUUGUGUCUUGGGGAAUUUUUAUUUUUUACUUCAGAAGAAAUGUUAUUCUGUGCU